CUACUAUACCUGGUAUAUAUACUAUGUACUACAUGUUUUAAAAACAGUAGAUAGUAUGCCAUUCUAAACAUGCUUUAAAGUGUAAGACUAAAUAUAUUCUUCACAGUGUCCUCCAAACCUGCACAAGAUGGAUGGGUACACAUGUGAGAAAGACCAAGGAAGAUGUUUCAAUGGCAGGUGCAAAACCAAGGACAGACAGUGCAAAUACCUCUGGGGAGAGAAAGCAACAUCGGCUGAUAAGUUUUGCUAUGAGAAACUCAACAUUGAGGGCACAGAGAAGGGCAACUGUGGACGAGAUAGAGACACCUGGAUUCAGUGCAAAAAACAGGAUGUACACUGUGGAUACCUGCUGUGCUCCAACAUUUCUCCUGCACCCAGACUAGGAGAGUUACAGGGAGGAUUGACAUCUUUCUCUGUGGCCCAGCACAGCGCCUCACUGGACUGCAGUGGAGGGCAUGUGCUGAUUGACGUCGACACUGAUUUGGGAUACGUAGAGGAUGGAACAGCGUGUGGAACGGAUCGCAUCUGCUUUAAUCACAAAUGCCUCCCAGUGCAGGAAUUCAACUUCAGCACGUGCCCCGGCACCAACGAAAGGGUGAUCUGCUCCGGACAUGGGGUGUGCAGUAAUGAGCUCAGGUGUGUGU